AAGGAUCCAGAAGGGAGGAUGGCAGCUUAAUAUUACAUAAUACAGGCAUAUAAUGAUGUUGCUGCAACUCUUUGCUGGACACGUUGAAACCACAAGGUGUCUGUGGCUGAGUCAGCCUGGGGUAAAUGCUCCUGGCAAGGAGCGGGGUCAUUCGUUCUGUCCUUGUAACCUCGCCAAGCGCAAAACCUGACAAGUUGUCAUGGAGCACAUGCUGAGAUGGUCAGAGGCAGACUGGCUGUGUAUCAGGGUGGCACACUGUGUACCAAACAUGGUACACACAACAACAUGUAUCUUAGGAUGCAGCAUUACUGUUUACCAGGUAUCCUGCCUGUGGCAUUGCCCUCCUCAGGUUCAGCUCUGUGAUGCUUUCUCUGUCUAACAGAGUGACAGAAAUGCUCACUGUCAGAUAGCGCAAGCAAUACUUGUUUGCUAAUAAUGGUGCUGGCAUCAAUAAGGUUGAGAAAGAUGAUAGUUUCUGUCCUGUUGAAUUCACUUAUGUUCUUACAGACCAUUUCUCUAUUCAAGCAAUCAGUGUGAGGGAGGUCUUUGCUUAGCAGAAUUGCUCCAAAGCUUCCCAGUCAAAUUUCUCAACUCGUUUUUGUCAGAAAGUGCUUGCACUUAGACUCACUGUGACCUGAACCCACAGCUGCUUGACAAUAGAUAACAAUAUUAGCAAGUGACAGACUUAUCUGACAAAUGGCUUUUGGUCCAGAUACUUAUUUGUAUGCUUUAGACAUCCUGGGUCCUGUGGGCCAUUUGAAUAUCAGCAACAGACUAGAGAUUGAAAAUAGGUUGCUUAUAGGAUAUGUAGUGCUUUAUGCAGAAGAAGAAAAAAAAGGGGGAAAAAAAAGGAAAAAAGAAAAAAAAAGAAGAAAGGUUAUCUUGCUCUUUUUUCCUUUCCCUAAACUGCCGCCCCUCAUUUCUUCAACCAAUUUUUCCAGCCUUAUUUCCAUUUCUUCCCACUAUUCAAGCUCAGUCCAGUUCGCCUCUGGAUACUCCUCCAGAUCUCUUUCCAUUUGAAGAACUCUCUACUUUCCCCCGGAACCAAUACUUGUGAGUACAGUGGUAUAUUGCUGAGCACUCAAAUCUCUUUUUGUGAGAACUUUUGUAUAAUGACAAUUGUGCAUUUCCUGUGUUGCAAAAUUCUCCUUGUUUGUAUCUGCAGAUGAAGAUGGAGAUGAGGACAACCUAACACCAGUGAAACAGCCAACAGAGUUGAAUACAUCAGCAGAGCUGCACAGAUGGGCUGUUUAUUCAGUCCUUGAGCCUUUCCCCUCCAACUUCUGCUACCUUCUCCAAAUAACUCUGCCACUUACUGGUUUGGGUUUUCUUACAUAUGUGGGCUUCCUAUUUUCAGAAGUAUUUAGCAAUGGCGAGUUCUUAAAUGCUUGGGUGCCUAAUUUGGCAUAGUCUAAGAAGACUCAUGGGUUUUGCUCCCAACCCAGUUUUGGACAAAACCAGAGAAAUCUUUGUAAAAUCUUCAGCCUGCAUCCUGUUAAGAAAAAAAACAAAAGCUGCUUCCUAGUUUUAAGAUACUGUUUGAUCAGCUUGUGAUAUGAUCAGAUAUAUGAACUCUACGAUAAGGCCAGAUGAAACAAAACCAAAAACAAACCACAAAAACAAACAACAACAACAAACAAACAAACAAACAACAACGACCAAAAAAACCCACAACACCAUGAGAAAUGUAGUGUUUUUUUCCAACUUUGAUCAUUCAGGAUGCUGUUAAUGAAGUAAGUAAAUGUGCCCGCUUACAGAGCAUGAUUUUGAUAACGGUCUGUGCCCGAAGAUCAGUAAGUGCCUCCUCUCCGUUCCGACAGCUCCAGCAAACUGCACGCUGGAAGGUGACAGCGACGUAAGGCCUCAGGAAGCAACCGCUGCCUGUCCGGAGCCGCACCGGGCGCUCGCCUUUCCCGGAGCCCAGCUGCUCCAGGCAGCAGCCGUGCGAGGCUGCGAGCCCAGAACGGGCUGUGAGCGAUGUCCCGGCCGACAGCCCGGCGGGACAAGGUGUCGGCGGCCGCCCCGCCCGCCCCCCGCCGCUCCGCCCCCGGGGCAGGGAGGGCUCGGGGCGGACUCGCCUCCCCGGCGGCGGGAGAGCGGGCGCGGGGGGCUGCGACUUCAGGAAGAUGCAUGCGGAGAACCAAGAUGUGCUGCUGGAUCUGGAGGGGGAGGAGGAGGAAGGAGAGGAGGAGGAAGAUGAUGAUGAUGGGGAGACCGGCUGAUUUUGAUGAUAAGCCUGACUCCCUGUUCUUCAGUGAUGGACAGCGAAGAAUUGACUUUGUGUUGGUGUAUGAAGAUGAAAGCAAAAAAAUGACUCAUAAGAGGAGUGAUCGUAAAAAGCAAAAGAGGAAGAGACAAGUAUAUGAAUCAAACCUGAUAAACAAUGGCUUGCAACUUGAAUCGACGAGAUCGGUCUUGGAUGAAAAACUUAUUUUUGUGAAAGUGCAUGCACCUUGGGAAGUGCUGUGCACAUACGCUGAAGUUAUGCACAUCAAAUUGCCUCUGCAACCCAAUGACCUGAAAACCCGAGACUCAGCUUUCAACUGGUUUAGUAAACUCUUCAGAGUGGAUGAAAAUAUCAUCAAACCUGAGCAAGAGUUUUUCACUGCCCCUUUUCAAAAGGAACAUUUGUCCAAUUUUUAUAUUCAAGACAAAGACACAUUUUUCAAUCCUGCAACUAGAAGCCGAAUUGUGCAUUUUAUCCUGUCCCGUGUGGAAUAUGCAACCAAAAACAAUGUGAAAAAGUUCGGCAUUAACAAAUUACUGGACACUGGAAUCUACAAAGCAGCAUUUCCCCUUCAUGAUUCUAGCUUUAGGCACCCAUCAGCUGAUCCUGACUGCCCAAAUGAACGGUAUCUUCUCUACAGAGAAUGGGCUCAUCCUAAAAAUAUCUUCAAACUGCAACCCCUGGAUUUCAUCAGGAAAUACUAUGGAGAAAAAAUUGGAAUCUACUUUGCUUGGCUGGGCUUUUACACUAAUAUGCUGAUUGUGGCUGCGGUUGUAGGAGUUGGCUGUUUUCUGUAUGGAUGCCUGACAAAGGACAACUGCACAUGGAGCCAAGAAGUAUGUGAUCCCAGUAUAGGAGGUAAUAUCAUAAUGUGCCCUCAGUGUGACAAAGUAUGUACCUACUGGAACCUCACCAUCACUUGUGAAUCCUCCAAGAAACUCUGUGUAUUUGAUAGCUUUGGAACACUGGUGUUUGCAGUAUUUAUGGGAAUAUGGGUUACUUUGUUUUUGGAGUUUUGGAAGCGACGACAAGCUGAACUGGAGUAUGAAUGGGACACAGUUGAGUACUUAGAGCAAGAAGAACAAGUGCGCCCAGAAUAUGAAGCUCGAUGCACUCAUGUAGUAAUGAAUGAAAUCACACAGCAAGAAGAACAUGUGCCAUACACUGCCUGUGGGAAGUGCAUACGGAUGACUUUCUGUACAAGUGCAGUCUUCUUCUGGAUUCUUUUGAUUAUUGCUUCAGUUAUUGGAAUAAUUGUCUACAGGCUCUCAGUUUUCCUGGCGUUUUCUGCAACGUUGACACAGCACAUUAGUGGAACGGAGGCAAUUCGCAAGUACCUGACCCCACAGACAGCGACUUCAGUAACUGCUUCGUUCAUCAGCUUUAUAGUCAUUAUGGUUCUCAAUGUCAUCUAUGAAAAAGUAGCAAUCCUGAUUACUGACUUCGAGCUUCCAAGGACACAGACUGAUUAUGAAAACAGUCUGACCACAAAGAUGUUCUUGUUCCAGUUUGUCAACUACUAUUCCUCAUGCUUCUACAUAGCCUUCUUUAAGGGUAAAUUUGUAGGUCACCCUGGAAAUCCAGUUUAUUGGCUAGGAAAGUAUCGCAAUGAAGAGUGUGAUCCAGGCGGAUGUCUCCUUGAACUCACAACUCAGCUUGCCAUCAUAGUAGGAGGUAAAGCAAUCUGGAACAACAUUCAAGAAGUGCUUCUUCCUUGGGUUAAGAAUCUAAUUGGAAGAUACUGUGCAGCUGCUAGAUCAGAAAAAGUUGUUCCACGCUGGGAACAGGACUACCACCUGCAGCCCGUUGGAAAACUUGGACUGUUUUAUGAGUACCUUGAAAUGGUUAUACAGUUUGGCUUUGUCACUCUUUUUGUGGCAUCGUUCCCCCUGGCUCCUCUUCUGGCUCUGAUUAACAACAUGUUGGAAAUCCGGUUGGAUGCCUGGAAACUAACAACCCAGUUCCGGCGCAUGGUUCCACAGAAGGCACAAGACAUCGGCGCCUGGCAGCCCAUCAUGCAAGGCAUCGCCAUUCUGGCUGUGGUCACCAACGCUAUGAUCAUUGCUUUUACAUCUGACAUGAUUCCUCGUCUGGUUUAUUACUGGUCCUUUUCAGUCCCUCCUUAUGGGAGUCACAGCAGUUACACUAUGAAAGGGUAUAUAAACAGUACACUUUCUGUCUUCAAUAUAUCAGACUUUAAGAAUGCAAGCAAGCCAUUUUCCCCUUCAUUUGGGAACCAAAUGACAUGCAGAUACCGAGAUUUCCGCUACCCUCCUGGUCACCAGCACCAAUAUGAGCAUAACAUCUACUACUGGCAUGUUAUUGCAGCCAAGCUGGCUUUCAUCAUUGUCAUGGAGCAUGUUAUAUACUUUGUGAAGUUUAUUAUUUCAUACAUAAUUCCGGAUGUAUCACAGAAGACCAAGAGCAAGGUCAAACGAGAGAAGUACCUAACACAGAAAUUCUUGCAUGAGAACGAUCUCAAAGUUGUAAAGAAAAACAUGGGGAAAAUAGCCGACAAGAUUAUCAAAGGAGUAGAGAGCACUUUCCGACUGAAAGAUGAAUAAGUAUUUUUUUCUAUGGAAUAACAGUAUUUAGCCAACUAAUACCUGUCCAGAUAUCACCAAUGGUUAACCAAACACUUUGGAUUAAUUCCCUUUACCAAAGACUGUUUCUUGCAACUCUUAACUGUUCAUUUACCUGUUUCCCUUGGACAAAUGCAACCGCUGCGACUCAGAGAAGAGUUACCAAUUUUUUAAACAGUUUUAGUAGGACAUAUUUUUUAACAUAUAAAGAUGAAAGUUAUUUAUCAUUUUAAGACAAUGCACAUUAAUUCUCAAAUACAUAGAGUGCUUUCCACUUUAUUUAGGCAUCAGCUAUUAGGUCUCUCAUUUUACUUGACUAAAGUCUGAAGAACAAGAAUGAUUUGUUGUAAGAAUACCAUCAUGUCCUCUGAAGGAUUUUUGACUACUUGCUAACACAAACCCGAACUAUAAAACAAAGAAGAAAAGCCAUAACAUGAAGGAAAGAGGUGGAAAAUACAACUCAAAAUCAUGUUCUUUAGUCAUUGGAAUAGACAUAAUAAGCGCUGUUGUGUGCUACACUGAAUUAGCUAUGCAUACUGAGACUUAAAUGGAUAACAAGAUACUUCAAUUAAUCAUGCACUUGGAUCACAAGAAGCAGCAGGACUGUAAGCCCAUCCUGUUCAUCAAUCUCUGUGUAAACAGGAGAAUUGCCUUUGAAAUCAAUGCCUACAAACUGACUUUAUAGCACUCCAAGAGAGUAGAAAACUCAGGUAUUUUAUCUUUCCCCAGUCAAUGUACUUUCAUUAGUUCACGUGCCCAUUCUGCUCUGAAUGACCGUAGCAUUGAAGGUCUCCUACCUGUAACAGUAAUGAGUGUUAGGAGUCUUUCCACGUACUAAAUCAAUAUUUGUGGAGGGCUGUCUACUGCAUUUUUCUCACACCAAAGGCACUGAGCUCUUCCCAACAGAUUUUGACACAGGAAGAAUGUGCAGCUGGACCUGUUGUGAUGCAACAUUGCGUGAUAACGUGAACUCUGGCAAGACCAUGAAUCUAUUGAAACUGGAAGUUGGAAUAAACCAUUUAAUAUGCCGUAACCAUGCUAUGAAGCUUAAUAUAACUAAGAACAAUGUUAGAAGUGAGGAUGCAUGUGCUAGAGCCAUCGGUCAUCUUCAAAUUAGUCUACAGAUCUGCUUGGCUAUUUUGACUCCAGUACAAACUGGGAUUUAGGGAAUUACAGAUCAAGCAUAUAUGUGGAGCUCCACUUUGUAUCUGCAGCAGUGAUAUUUCAGAUUAUUAACUUGCUUUCUUUUAACAGUUUUAAUGGACUGAUUUCUACAAAUUCUAAAAACCAAAAUAUUGUUAAAAAAGCAAAAGUAUGCCUGUGAUCUGUAAACCAGGUGAUGACUGUAGCAUUUUUGAUUUUGUACUCUUCUUAAAUGUAAUAGAAUUUUUCAGCAGAUUAUUCAUAUAGCUUUUUAUAUGUUAAGUUCAUUUGCAGAAACUAAGUAGCAUUUAUAAGAUGUAUUUUAUCCCAUUAAUAAUCAGAAGGAAUCAAACAGCUGAAUUUUGUAGCAAAAUUUAUGAAUCCUGACUGCCAUGUACCUCAAGCCUAUUCUUUGAAAAGGCAACAUUUAAACCAGCACAUGAGGGGAGUCUUUUCAGCAGUCCUGAUACACAAGCUUUCACUCAACAAGACUUUGCACGAUUGCAUGGAAGAAUGUGAGAGGAAAGCUUGGUUCAAAAAACAAGGAAAGUCGAAAGAAAGAAACUCACACUUCCAGAGAACCACUUGCAUUUCUGACACUGAAGGACUGAAGCUUACUUAUUAUGAUGUCUAGAAAACUUUGUGUAGACACCACCUUAAGACAGGAAAACAAGAUAGCACACAAAAAUUAAUGACAGCCAACCAGAGUAGCAAUGGAAGCGGUAUUUUUUGCACAGGGAAUUCUAUUAUUUGCCAUUUGUUUUGGUUUUUGCUGGAACCAUAACAAGUCUUUCAUUUACCAGGAAGCAAAUAUAAACUGGGCAGAUGGACCAAGAGAAGUUUCCAAAGAAGACAGAAUUUCUUACAAAAAUAUAUCCCCCCGAUACCGUCUUGACCUUUUCCCCUGAUUACAGAAUGGGUGAGGUUGGAAGGCACCUCUGAAGAUCAUCUGGUCCAACCCCCUGCUCACAUAGGGCUACCUAGAGCCAGUUGCCCAGGACCAUGACCAGAUGGCUUUUGAGUAUCUUUAAGGACGGAGACUUGACAACCUCCCCUGGGCAACCUGUGCCAGUGUUGGUCACCUCUCAGAGUGAAAAUGUGCUCCUUGAUGUUUAGAGGGAACCUACUGUGUUUCCGUUUGUGCCCACUGUCCUGUCACCACAUAGUAUUCCAAACUUCUGUUUAAAACAAUUUUUAAUCCAAAAAACUGCUUCAUGGAACAAUUUUCAUUUAGUACUUGGGACUUCCUUCUGUGAAAUGAGUUUGGCCAAAAAGGCCAAUUGGCUCCUUUCAGAUUUGGAGCUUUUGAUUUUACCUUUGAACUGGCUGGGCCCCAUCUGCAAUUACGUACAGCUGAGAAAUACCAUUUUCACUCCCUAUCAGUGUCCAGAGAACCAGUGUGCCUUAUAUACCCUUUCAGGAGUGGUGUUGGAGGGCUGAGGCACGCAAGCAAUCAUCCUGUGACCAGGGGGAAAAAUGCAGCACGAAAUUGACCACUUCAGGUAAUUAUUUGGUCUUAAGGAAGCAUUUAUUGCCCUCUUUGUGAGGUAAAGAGAUUAGGAAACAAAGGAAUUGAGUGCCUUGCCCGGGGUCCCUCUGAGCAGUGGCUUAAGGCAAAUUUUCAGAAGUGCCUGGUCUUCUGCUCCUUGUUUGGUUCCUGUGGCCUCUCUCACCCCUUUUUACAUCAGUCGACAGCAUUUCCUAAAGGAGGAGUUGGCCCCCAAUGCCAUCGAGAGUUUAUAUUCCUGCCUUUAAAAUAAUGGUUUUAAAAAAUGAUAAGUCAGAAAAGCACGUAUAUCUAUGACUUGGGAUCCUCCAGUAAUAAAAUCUUAAUCAACUUUGGGUGUCUUUCUACAUUAUCAUUUUUGUUCAGAUCAAGAAUGUGCUUUUGAAAUUAGUCUCCCACUUGUUCCCACUUUCUGGACAGUGCUUCCUUUCACAGACUGGUCUUAGGGCACAUGGACUACAUUCCUCUCGGUUUAAGCUGAACCAGAAGGCAGGUUUUAGACAUGCACUUAAUGGUCUCUGACAGGCACUUAGUACAGAGAACUAAAACCAGAGUUAGGCUGAAGAGAGCUGUGAGUACUGUGUGAGCAUCACCCAGUCAACAUCAACUUUUUGCUCUAGUGAUUUGCUUCUGAAGUGCCACACUCCUUGCUAAUGUAGUUGUAACAUUUGAUUUCCGAAGACAUUACAAUAAGAAUUCAGUUUAGUUUGCUGUAUGCACAGUGUUAUUCACAGCACAGUUCUGAUGAGAGAGAAAGAAGCAGAAAAACAACAGAGUGCCUAAUAAUUGCAUUUUAAUAGUUCGAUUUCAGCUGUGCAAUUUCUGUAGCCUCUACCUCCAACUGCUGAAAUGUGCUUGGCUUGUACACAGGGAGCUCUGCGGAGGCAUCAGAACAAAAUGCUGAGGGGGCAGUUGCCAACAUAGGAGUAUUUGUAACUUUUUCUUUUUAGGACAAGUCACUUUAAUAAUAGUUAAAGAUCUGCUGGAAGGGAAAAUUAACAUUUGUUUUAAACUAUGAAUCAAUUUUGCCCUUUUUUACACAUGAUAUGUAGGCCAGACUCUUACUUUGUACUGAUCUGUUGAAGUCAGGGUGAAUUUGGACCAGUGACUAUUUAAUUGCCUUAACAAGCUCCAUAAAUUACAGACCGUCACCACUGUUUUAGACUCUGUAUGUUGUUAACAUUCAGAAUGUAAGAAUGUAUUUUUUGUAUUUUUUCUAAGAAUGUUUGCUAUUAGUUUCUGAAUAUUAAGAUUUCUUUAUAUUUAUUGUCAUUAAAUAAAGUCUAUUUUAAAAUAACAA